AUGGCUGCUACCCCUGGAGGUAGUGAUACUAGCCAGGAUAUCCGGAAAUUCUUUGGUGUUGUUCCUUCUGGAAAGCGACAAGAAUGUGAGACUGUGAAAAAGAGUGAAAAAAUUAAAAAUGGUGAAGGACCUUCAAGUGGGAAGAAAAAGGGAAAGGAGGCUAAGGUGAAUAAUUCACCCGGUGAAGAUGAUUCCAAACAAAAGCGGACAAACAAGAAAAAAAGAAUAAUCUACGAUUCAGAUUCAGAAGAGGAGGUGCAGUCAGUGAAAAAAUCCAAGAAGCCAUCUGAGAAAAAAGCAGCUACUUCAAAACUUGGUAAAGUUCUAAAGCAGGAUCCUGUUGUUUAUAUUUCAGAGACAGAUGAAGAAGAUGACUUUGUCAAUAAAAGAAUUUCUCUGAAACCGAAGGAGAACGGUAUGUCAGCGACUGGUUGUUCAGGAACAUCUACAGUGAAAAAGGAAGAUGUAAAACCACGAGCUAAAAGCAAACCAUUAUCUCCAGUGAAACAGACUCCCACCUCGGCACUUGAUUACUUUGGGACAAGUAGUAUCCAACGAUCAGAAAAGAAACUGGUAGCAAGCAAAAGGAAAGAACCUUCACAAAACAGAGACAGCACGCUAGAUGAUGAGGCCAUUGCUAGGCAACUGCAGCUUGAAGAAGAUUCAGAGCUGGAGAGACAGCUGCAUGAAGAUGAAGAAUUUGCUAAAACUUUGGCCUUGUUAGAUGAAACACCACAGAAGAAAAAGGCUCGGAAAGAUUCAGGAGGAGAGCAAACAGUAUUGAGCAUCAAGAGCAGUCCUAACGUGACAGAAAGGUACAAGCAGUCGGAAAGAGUGAAAGCAACAAACUCGAUGGGUGAAACAAAGAAUUACACUGCGAAGCAGCAAACUAAAUCUGAACAUUCAAAAGGCUUUCGUUUAUCCCCACAGUCAUCUGAUGGUAAAAUAGCAAGAGAGUUGACAGAUAAGACCUUGCUUUUGAAACCUAGCUCUAAGCUUGUGUCCCUGAAACAAAAAGAAGAGAUUGCUGAAAAGGAAAGAGGUGCUCAAAGUUUAGUAUCAAAAGAAAAAACCGCUUCAGGGAAAGAAGAGAAGACAACACCGAAGAAGGAGAAAAUUUCUCCCAAGAAGACUGAGUCUGUAAGUCCUGAGGACUCUGAAAAGAAGCGGAUCAAUUAUCAAGCCUACCGAAGCUUUCUCAAUCGCGAGGGUCCGAAAGCGCUGGGUUCCAAAGAGAUACCUCAGGGAGCUGAAAACUGCUUGGAAGGCCUGACAUUCGUAAUUACAGGCGUUCUGGAGUGUAUUGAAAGAGAUGAGGCCAAGUCUUUGAUUGAACGCUACGGAGGAAAAGUAACUGGCAAUGUCAGCAAGAAGACAAACUAUCUGGUUAUGGGGCGAGACUGUGGCCAAUCUAAAUGUGAAAAGGCAUCAACUUUAGGGACAAAAGUUAUUGAUGAGGAUGGCCUGUUUGACCUUAUUCGAACUAUGCCAGGCAAAAAGUCCAAAUAUGAGCUGGCGGCUGAAACAGAGGCAAAGAAAGCAGAGUCAAGACCUAAAAAGACACCACAGAAAGCUGAAGCUGUAAAAAGGAAUUUUAGCCCCUUCAAAAGGGAAGCUGAUAAUAAAAAAUAUAAGUCUACUCCUGAAAAAGGAGAUACCGUCAAAUCUGUCAAGAAAGAAACCACUGCUGUUCGAAAGCUUAUGGAUUUUAAACGGCAGAUUGUAGAGAAGAAAGAAGCCCCAAAAGCUAAGGGGAACUUGGUUGCUGAAAUUAAUGAAGACGGAACAGAGAGAUUGCUAUGGGUAGAUAAAUACAAGCCUGUGUCUCUUAAGGCAGUAAUUGGACAGCAGGGUGAGCAAAGCUGUGCCAAUAAACUGCUCCGAUGGCUCCGAAAUUGGCACAAGAAUACCUCGGAAGAUGGACAAGCAAAGACCAAUAAAGCUGGAGGCAAAGAUGAUGGUACUGGUUUUAAAGCAGCAUUACUUUCUGGUCCACCUGGAGUUGGUAAAACUACUACAGCUUCUUUGGUUUGUAAGGAACUGGGGUAUAGCUAUGUGGAGCUGAAUGCCAGUGACACUCGCAGUAAGAACAGUCUAAAGGAAGUAGUUGCUGAAUCACUCAACAACACCAGCAUCAAAGACUUCUGUUCCGGCACAUCCUCAUCAGUUAGCGGGAAACAUGUAUUGAUCAUGGAUGAAGUGGAUGGUAUGGCAGGCAAUGAAGACAGAGGAGGGAUUCAGGAGUUGAUUGGUUUGAUUAGACAGACAAAGAUACCCAUCAUCUGUAUGUGUAAUGAUCGCAACCAUCCUAAAAUUCGUUCCUUGGUCCACUACUGUUUUGAUCUUCGUUUUCAGAGACCUCGUCUAGAACAGAUUAAGGGUGCCAUGAUGUCUAUUGCAUUUAAAGAAGGUUUAAAAAUUCCACCGCCUGCUAUGCAAGAGAUAAUCCUGGCAGCAAAUCAGGACAUCAGACAGGUUUUACAUAAUCUUAAUAUGUGGUGUGCAAAAGAUAAAUCAUUGACUUAUGACGAGGCUAAAAUGGAUGGCAGCAGAGCCAAAAAAGAUAUCAAACUGGGCCCUUUUGAUGUUGUCCGGAAGGUUUUUGCUACUGGAGAGGAGGCUUCUCGUAUGUCUCUUAUAGACAAAUCGGAUCUUUUCUUCCAUGAUUAUUCCCUAGCACCUCUCUUUGUCCAAGAGAACUAUGUACAUGUGAAACCAGCUGCUGCUGGAGGAAAUAUGAAAAAGCACUUGGUGCUCUUGAGUAGAGCUGCUGAUAGUAUAUGUGAUGGUGAUAUAGUGGACAAACAGAUUCGUAGCAAGCAAAACUGGAACCUUCUUCCGACACAGGCUAUUUAUGCAAGUGUUCUCCCGGGGGAGCUGAUGCGAGGUUACAUGUCCCAGUUUCCUGUCUUUCCCAGCUGGCUGGGGAAAUUUUCAUCCACAGGCAAACAUGAUCGUAUCAUUCAAGAACUGGCAAUGCACAUGAGUCUCAGAACCCAGGCAUGCAAGAGGACAGUAAACAUGGAGUACUUGUCGUAUUUGCGGGAUGCGCUUGUCCAGCCCUUGAAAGACUUUGGAGCAGAUGGUGUACAAGAAGCUAUAACAUUCAUGGACUCUUACUGCUUGAUGAAAGAAGAUACUGAAAAUAUAAUGGAAAUAAGCACGUGGGGAGGCAAACCCAGUCCUUUCUCAAAGCUGGAUCCCAAGGUCAAAGCAGCUUUUACACGUGCCUACAACAAGGAGGCACAUCUGACUCCAUAUUCACUUAGUUCUGUCAAGACAUCUAAAAGGCAGUCAGGAUCCGCAGUGACCUUAGACCUGAAUGAAGACUUGAAUGUGGAAGAGAUCCAGUCUGAUGAGGAUGAGCAAGAUACUGUUGAAAGUGAUGCAAUGAUUAAGCAAAAAAAGGCGAAGUCUUCCAAGCUGCCAAAAAGAGAGAAAAAUGAAGAAACAACAAAAAAAGAGGGGAAAAGGAAAGAGAAAACAAGACAUUAAACAAUAAAAUCUUGCUCUGGAUGCAGCUUUGCUUAUGUAACUUCUGGCAGGAACGUGAAACAGAUCCAGUGAUGGAGCUGGGGAAGUAGAACCAGUGCAUUGAAAACGCUCCUCUUAUAGAGGUGAUGUAGCUACUGUACUCUCUCACUAUGCAGUGCCCUACUUACUCUUAACGUGCUACAACGUUACAAGCUAUAAAUAUCCUUGUACAACAAACAAUGGGGUGCAUGAACAUAUGAUGCUUAGUUACCUGGCAUUUAUGCGAAGUCUUCCUAGGACUCCACUCUUCUACUUUUUUUUUUUUUUUUAAUAAAUCCCCUGAUACUAUGUGGUGAACUCUUGUAAAUAGUACAUGAUGCGCAUCCCCCCAAAACCCUAAAUUGCAUAUUUGUAUAUUAUAGAAAUUAAGCAGUGUAUAAAAUUACAAUAAAAUCUUCCACGGGAGUCUUUU